AUGUUGCUGUACACCGGGGAGCUUGUGGCUCCGCGACCAAACCUUGGACUGCUCCGGUUCAGAAAGAAGCGAACAGGGAUUAGGUUCCGGGAUAGGUUGCGCAGCUCCUUUGCCCACUCCACCAUCCAUGGGAUGCGGCACGUCUUCGGGGAGCGGCAUCUGUGGCAACGCUGCCUUUGGCUCACCGUUGCCUUGGCGGCAGGAGUAGCCGGUUUCAGUAUGUACUCCGUGCUGGGGGUUCGCCAUAGUGAGCAGCUGCUGGUCAGCUUGAUAGAUACCACCCAGUUGCCGGUGUACCACAUCGACUUCCCAGCGGUGGCCAUUUGUCCAUGGAGUCAUGUCAACUGGCAGAGGGCUCCGUCUGCAUUACUCCGAUUUCUGCCCGGCCAUCCGAAUGCCGAGCUGCGGGAAACAUUCCGCCAGCUACUUGACGUCUUGGACCUAACUUCUUUCUCCAAUUUCAAAAGGGCAAGCGAUCUGGCCAAAAGGAAUGUCACUGGGUUGAGAUUUCUCAAUCUGAAGGAUUUAAUGAACUACCUGGGUUAUCGAUGUGAUGAGCUAUUCGUUCCUGGUUCCUGCGGCUUCGAUGAGAGUCCUCAUGAUUGCUGCACACUAUUUGUGCCGGAGCAAACGGAGAAGGGACAGUGCUUGGUGUUCAACUCCCUGAUCUCGGAGCACUCCCGUAAAAAGCAGCUGACGAACAAGUUCUAUCCCCACAAGUUGAGCACCGCUGGCGAGGAAUCGGGUCUGAAAUUCACCAUCAAUGCGAGCUAUCCGUUUCUAAGGGAUGGUGAGGAAACUCCCUUUGGAAUGAAUCUCAUGAUCAAGGAGCCACGUCAGUGGUCGAAUCAAAUGAUGUAUCACCUCUAUCCGGAUACGGAGAACUUUGUGGCUGUACAACCCAUAGUCACGGAAACCUCCCCUAACACAUAUAAAAUGAGUCCCAGCAAGAGGCGUUGCUACUUUGAUAACGAACAGAGUCCCAACUUCCAGAACACGUCAUUAACCUAUGAUCGGGAAAAUUGUAUGGCUGUGUGCCUUCAUCAAAUUGUAUUAAAGACCUGCAAUUGCUCCACGUCAGUGUUUCUGCCUCCCUUUGAGGGCAUUCGUGAGUGCGGUAUUUUGGAUGCAGGAUGUCUGGGCAGUAAUUCCGAUAUUUUUAGCUAUGUGAAGAUGGGCGACCAGGAUAAAUAUAUCAACGACUCGCGACGGGGGCAUUUUUGUGAUUGCCCAGACAAUUGCAAUUCAAGGCAGUACAAACUGACGCUCAAUGUGCGCAAGUUGGAUUACCCCAAAAACUCCACAGAGACAUUAAUCACGGCACAGAUAUAUUACGGCCAGCGUUCGAUGACCAAAAUCAUCACAAGACUCAAGUACACGAACCUCGAUUUGCUGGCUAGUUUUGGCGGCAUCAUAAGUCUCUAUAUAGGGGCGUCUGUCAUGAGUUUCAUAGAACUUUUAUUUGUGCUGGGAAAACUGAUGAGGGUAGUCAUUAAAGAUGGUUACGCUAAAUUAAAGGACCAGAUUAAGUAGCUUA